AUGAACCACCGACUGCCGCUGAACCAGUCGGAUGUGCGGGCUGGCCGGUCUGGAGGCGGACCCAUGCAAAUGCUCCGUCGAAUCUUCCGCCCCCGAACACUGGACUUCGAAACUGCAUCUUGGGAAAUCUUCUAUCUCAUUUUUCGACCCAAGAGGGUCUACAAGAACCUCUACUACCACAAACAGACCAAGAACAAGUGGGCCCGUGACGAUCCGUCCUUCUUUAUCCUCCUCAAUGUGCUGCUACUGAUCAGUGCACUUGGUUGGGGACUCGCCUACCAACCUGGAAUCGUCCGAAUCAUUAGACUCAUGUUCUACAUGGUCCUGGUUGAUUUCCUGCUCCUGGGACUCAUCAUUGCCGCCGUCUUCUAUUUCACUAUACGCAAAUUCCUGACGAAGAAAGGUGACCAGUUCUCCCAAGGAGCUCUUGAGUACGCAUACUGUUUUGACGUCCAUUGCAAUGGAUUCCUCAUUGUCUGGCUGCUGUUGUACGUGCUGCAAUUUGUGCUUCUUCCAGUGCUCACUAAGGAUAACUGGCUGGCGCUGUUUGUCGGCAACACCUUGUACGCCUUUUCCACCUGCUACUACUUCCUCGUCACCUUCUACGGCUACUCCAGUUUGCCAUUCCUGGAACACACCGAGUUCAUCUUGCUGCCCAUCCCCAUAAUUAUCGUCUUCUACAUUGCAUCGCUGUUUGGCUUCAAUGUCGUUCAGCACAUGGUCGAGUUUUAUUUUGGAAAGUAA